AUGCCAUCAUUAUUUGGCAAAAGUCAUUUAUAUCGUUAUGAUAUUCAAGGUGGUGCCAAAAGUCAUUAUCUUGUUUUUGUUCAUUUACCAUGUUUACAAACACAUCUUAAACAUUUAUAUCAUUUAUCAUUAUUACCAUUUAAUGACUAUGAACAAGAAACUAUUGAAUGUUUAAUGAAUUAUAAUAGUUUAACAAUUGAUUGUAUUAAUUAUCUUUUACAACGGCUUCAUAUACGAGAUGAAAAAUUAUCGAAUUGUUUUGCAUUAUCUUAUUUUAACAAAAUAAAUAAUCAAUCUUAUUGGCUUGAUCCUGAUAUAUCAAUGAAACAGCAGUUACCAAAAUCUGAAUUAAAACCUAAUUUAACAUUUACAAUUUUACUCUAUCCACCGGUGCCCUAUGCAAUAACAGACGAAAAAGCUCGUCGAAUUCUUUAUCAACAAAUCUUCUGUAAUUUUAUUUCAUCAAUGUAUCCUGUACCAACAAAUCUUAUUGAAACACUUUCAGCUUAUUUUCUUCAAGGAUGUUUUGAAAAUAAAUUUGAUGCUGAUAAAAAUCGUGAUAUUCUUCGAUUAAUUAUAUCAGCAGUUGGUCUUUCAGAAGAAAAUACGGAUGGAAUAAAAGAGAAAAUUAUUGAAUUAUAUCGAGAUUUAAAUAGAGUUGAUACACGAUCAGCACAAAAUCAAUUUGUUCAUCAAAUAUCACAAUCAAAUACUUAUGGAAUGAUACAUUUUGAACUUAAAAACACACUCAAUGAAGCAAUUUAUCUUGGACUUAAUCAUAAUGGUAUUCAUUCUCGUUCAUUACUUCGUAAUGAAUUUAAACUUGAAGCUUGGUAAAUCAACAUUUAGUUUUUUCUAUAAAAAAAUUUUCGUUUUAUCUUUCUUUAUUA